AUGUCAACGCGCAAGAGCGGCAGUUCGUCUGCUAAUUCACACGUGCGAAUCGAUUCGUACCGAGGUCCCACGUUCGUGGACGUCGCCUUGCCGUCAAGUUUUCGAAGUAUCAGCCCAGCGGAUGCCCCUAAAAGUCCGAUAAUCUCCUCCAACUCGUCACCAGGCGCUCAUCAAUUGCCCACUCGUUGCUAUUCUGCGAAACGCUGCUGUACCAGUACAGGACGCAUUUACUUAACUAUAUCUUACGUUCGCACCAUCGAUGAAGCUGAUAAUAUUCCAUGUUUAUUCGGACCAAAGUUGGCAAUCGUCAACGUUUAUUCUCGUGUUCGUUUUCUCAAUCCGUCCUCAUCUUCCAAGCAAUGA